GGCGCGCGGGAAGGUUUUAUCGCCGGUAGAGCGGCGGGCAUGUCGCGACAUGCGACCGCGACAGGGAGGGAGAGAAGGACGGGGCGUGGACCUCCCGCCCGCCAGGGGGAGCCCGCCAGGCGGCAGCGCGGUGAUGACGCGCUUCCUGCGAUGACGUCAGAGGCAGCAUGGCGGCGGCGGAGAAGGCGCAGCGCUACGAGGCGUUCGUCAGCGACGUCCUGCAGCGCGACCUGAGGCGGGUGCAGGAGCAGCGCGACGCCGUCUUCGAGCAGCAGGCGCAGGUGCUGCAGCUCCGCUCCGCCCUCGCCCGCCUCCAGGUGGAUCUCGGCUGCAAUUUCUUCGUCAGCGCCGAAGUCCCGGACCCCCGGCGCGUUUUCGUGGCUCUGGGUUUCGGGUUCUUCGCGGAGCUGACGCUGCCCGAGGCCCUUCGGCACCUGGAGCGCCGCCUCUCCCUCCUGCAGAGGCUCAGCGAUUCCCUGACGCGCGACGGGGCCAAGAUCCGCGCCCACAUCCGCCUGGUGCUGGAGGGCCUGCGGGAGCUGCAGGGGCUGCAGGAGCCCCCCGUGACCUCUGAGCCCUGAUGGAGCCGCCCACCUGCGCUGGCCCCGCCCCCUCAGCUGGGAGGAAGGCCGGAGUGGAGCGGAGCUGGGGCACCUGGGAGUAACCUGG